UCAAUGGCUGCUGGAAAAGUGAAUAAUUUUUUUUGAUUGCUUUUUUUGUACCAAAAACAUGUGGUAUAUGGCCUUAUUACGGUUCAUCCGUCGCAGACUGGUUCUGGCCAUUAUAUUCCUCCUGUCCCUCCUCUAUUUUGUCGUAAAUCUCUUUGGUUUUUCCGGAACGCUGUCCAUUGAUUCUGAUGCUGAAUUUGAGGUUAAGAGGGAGCACCCAUUGAUCUGGAGAACCCUCCAGGAGCAACAGAAUACCAGCUACAACGAUCCGAGUGUGAAGUGCAGGAAUUCUGUUCAGGGGAGAUUUCUCAUUGUGGACGAUAGAGGAUUUGUUUGCUCGAGAUUUGAUCUCCUGCCCACGGGAUGCUGCAAUUUAGAGACUCCAUCGACUACGCAUUAUAGCUGUGACACUUGCACAGAGAGUGGUUGCUGCUCAAUCUACGAAUACUGCGUGUCUUGCUGCCUCCAUCCGGAUAAGAAGGAGCUGCUGGAGCGUGUGAUGGAAAAGGCCACGGGGCGUCAGAAGGCCGUCUUUGCUUCUGUCCAGGACAACUUCGAGCUGUGCUUGGCCAAGUGUCGAACAGAUUCCCAUUCAGUGCAGCACGAGAAUAAGUAUCGUGAUCCAAAGGCCAAGCACUGCUACGGGGAGACGACAGCUCAUGAAUCUCAACGAGAUAUCAGUGGAAAUAAUGUGCUUUAG